AUGUUGUACGGCGACUACCGGCGCAUGCGCGAGAAGCGGCGGUUAGGUUUGAAUCGUGAGGCGGCGGCGGCCAAUGGGAGGCUGGAGAGAUGGGCAGAGAGGAAUUUCAUGAAGGUCAACAAAGGGAAGCGCAAAGUUCUGCUCUCGGAGAGGAAUAACCCCAUGCACCAGUAUAGGCUAGGGGCCAACCAGCUGGAGAGCAGCUCUACAGAGAAGCACAUGGGGAUCCUGGUGGACAACAAGGUGACAGUGAGCCAGCAACGUGUCCUGGUGGCCAAUAAGGCCCACUGUAUCCUGGGCUGCAUCAGGAAGAGUAUUGCCAUACUAUAUUUUAUAAGAAAGACACAUCCUUCAGAAAUGGACAAGAUUUAUUCAGACCCUAACAUGGAAAAUGAUAAUACAGAGCGCAUCAGAGGGAAAAGGCUUUCCUCCAUUUUAAAGGCUCCACGAAGUCCUCUUCAUGAUCUUGGAAAUGGGAAUGAAUUCAUUCAGCAUGUGAAUACGGAGAAACGUCGGAAAAACUCUCGCCGUGUCAGCUUUGCGGACACCAUAAACUGCAGAGUCUUCCAGAGAGAUCUUAAGACUAAUGUGACAGAGAAAGAAAAUAUAGCAGAUACAAGGAAACAAAUCCUGCUUAAUCAAAAUGAAGAACCUGAAGCUGUUCAGUGUGAGAUCACUGGGAUGGAAACUUUGCUUCAUGCCCCUAUCCAGGCAUUGGUGCAGCAGACUGAGUGGCACGAUGCAGACAACAUCAUUCAAAGAACAAAUGGGCAUGACACAACAGUUAUCUUUUCAGAUGAAAAUCAAAUGGAUAUGACAACUAGUCACACUGCAGUGAUUACACAUGAUCUGAAAAACAAUCAGGCUGACAAAGCUGAGAAGAUAGAUAUCACAGCAUUUCUGGCUAGUUUAAAGUCUAACAAUGGAAAGUCAGAAAAGAACAAAGAAUUUCAUCUUUUCUGCGAUCCUACAAAUCAUUCAUGCCCAUCUUCUGAAGAGAAACCAGAUGCUACAACAGUGAAGAAGAUAAAUUUCAAUGAAUUUAUGAUGAGCUUGAAGUCAAAUGGAAAGGUGCUUAAUCCUACUGAAGGACCUGAAAAAGAGAACCUUUUUUUUGUUUCUUCACAAGUUUCGGAAGACAUGACAAGAUCAUCAGUCAGAUAUGGAUAUUCCCAUGAACCAGAGGCCACCUGCAAUGUAACAAAAAUCUUCAGAGGACAAGAUGAUGGGAUGGAAAUUACAAAAUGUCAGGCAUCUGAUGUUAAGACUAUGUUAUCUGGUAUUUGUGAGGCUCCACCAGAGCAACUGGUGUGUGCAGAUGUUACUGAGGCAUUUGUAGAUGAUGGUAUGGAUAUGACCAUUAGUCAUACUGCAAAAAUGUCUUUUCCCUUCUCCAGUGUUGAAAAUCAAAGUCUGAACUUCAAAAAGGAUUUUCCAGGCACAGAAUCAGAUGAUAAUUCUGUAUUCAAGAGAGCAUCUAGUUGGCAAUUAAUUGUUCAGGAGAACCCCCAACUUUGUACAGACAAGAAAAUGGUAAAUGUUGAAAACAGGCUAGAUCAUACAGCGCUGCAAACUGUUGAACAACAGGCCAGAACAAUGUCUGUGAUUCCAGGAUCUAUUUCUUCUGAUACUGCCUUCCAAGGUAAUAAAACUGUUGGGUUUAGCAUGUGUGAUGAUAUGGAAAUCACUGGGAAUUAUACGGGUGUAAUUGAUAAUGAGAGUUCUGAGGAAACUGGCAGUUUGUGUAGUAAAGCUAUUGAAAAAACACUUAAUACAAACUCUUCACUAGCAGAAAACUUACAUCCAACUCAUGAUAAUGAUAGGGGCAUUACAAAAAGUCGAUCUUCUAUGUCAUAUAAAAACAGUGCACUUGUACUAUCUUCUGUCUCAGAUGGAAGAACUGAAAAAGUGACCCAAGAUCACAGGAAUGCUUCUAUGAGUGUUGAUUUUGAUUCACAUGCAAAUUCAGUUUCUAAUGGUAUUUGUAAGAGUAGACUUCAGCACAGACUAGCAAACUCUCUACUUGCUUCUUUGCCAGGUGAGAAGACAAUAAUAUUUUCAGGAGAAUAUAUGGACUUGACUAAAAACUGUGUUGUCAAGGUUGAAAGAAAGAACAUAGAAAAUGUAUUUCCUGCUGAUAUGUCCACCUCUGUUGCCUGCAAACCUCACUGUCUUGUUAGCAGAUCUACCUCUCCCAAUUUAAAUGACGAGGAAGAAAUGGAAAUAACUAAAUGCCAGGCUGUUAUCGAUGAUCAAAGCACUGGGAUAACAGCGGAUGCAAAACAAAUGCAUUGUAAAAGAAUUCCAAGUAAAGAUGAGAACAAAAAUGUCAGUGACAUUGCAAGUUCUUUAGAUAUGGACAAGGAAAAUCUUGAGAGGAUGGAUAGUGAUUUUAAAACUUGCCAUUCUGCAGAAACGAAUUCUAAAGAUUUUGAGGUGACAGUAGUCAAUAAGAAGCUUGGACAAACAAACUUUCAGGCAAAUGGUCUGAGUUCUAGUGCAAAGAAUGUAUGUUCAUUACAAGAGCAAAAGAAGGAAGUCCCCAAGAAUGUUGCUGCUAACAGCUUUACAUUCGUGUCUCUGCAAAGGCCAAACCUUAAUGUAUCUCAGUCUUUCCAAAAAACUUGUUUGAAUGCUUCACUUCCCUGCACAAGUGACAAAACAGCCAUACUUUCAGAUGAUCAAAACAUGGACAUAACGGAAACUCAUACUGCUGCCCUUGAUGUUGCUCCUGUUAAUACAGUGCUAGACUAUGAGAAUAAUCAUAAUCAAAGUAAUGUAGUAUCUAAACAGCUGCAAACCAAGACCUUUUUCUCUGGUGGUUCUAAUGUAGAUAGAAGUCAGACUGCAGCAACAGAAUCUGAGAACUUUGAAAUGAAUUCAAGUAAACCACAUGUUGUUCCUUUUGCUCCAAAUGGUUCUUUUAUUUCCAGUAAUGAGCCUCUUCCAUCUGGAAUUAGAGAAAAUGAACAACCUGGAAAAAUAUUAGGAAUGAAUACAAAUUACGAAAUCUCUGACAGGCAAGAGAAAGCCAAUACUAUGCAGGGAGUAAAUAAAAUACUGCCAAAUGAAGUAGAUUCUCUGAGAGAUUUUUCAACCAGUAAAACAGUUUCUUCAAAAGAGGAUUUUAAAAGUCCUCAAUCAGUUGAUAGGCUGCACUUGACAUGUACUGAAGAGCCAGUACUGGCCAAUACAACUGAACCAUCUAAGGGAAAUUCCCAGUUGCCUUUGUUUUGGGAAAAAUCAACUGUAUUUCCCUCUGGUGAAAACAUGGACUUGACUGAAAACAGUUCAGUAAGGGUUCUUGAUCAAAGCAUCGAUAAUGUUCUACCAGAAAGAAAAGCAGUAUCCAGACAUGUGAUUCCAGAUGAAAAUGAAACAUUAUCCUUAAAAAAAGAGGACAUGAUGAAUGCAGAUAGUCAGGAGCAGUCUGAAUACAACAUGUACGCCUUGGUAUCUGUCAAAAAAAUAUUAACCGUGACUGGCUCACAGCAUUUGUCUCGUUUGGGUGAAAAAACUAUUAUAUUAUCAGAUGAUGCUGAUAUGGACAUCACUAGAAGUCAUACAGUUGCAGCAGACAAUAAAAUAAUUUUACAGCCUAAAACCUCAAACAGUGACAUAACCUUGAUUCCUGAAGAUAAAACUUGCAUUUUUACGUACAGUGAUGAUAUGGAAAUAGCUAGACUUGAUACUGUUGUAAUUGAUAAAUCUAUGGAAAAGGCUGCAUCUCAAGGAAUGCUAAACAUAGCUAACAGGACUGGAAGAAAAAGCUUGAAGGGAGCAAUAGGUGAAAAGACUAUUUUAUUUUCACUGAGUGAUGAGAAGAAUGACAUGGAGCUCAUACAGAACCAUACAGCUGAAAUAGGCCACGAAAUUGUCUCACGAGAUAAGGUAGCACAUUUUCCCCUGUUUUCAUUCCAUCCUGAUAAAACAGUUAUGUUCACAAGUAACCAGGCUGACAUAGAAAUGACAGAGUCUUGUUCUGCUGAUAAAAUUAUCCCAGAUGUUCUGUGUGAUGAUAAACUGAACUUGAAUAAGGAGAUUGGACAGAAGACUCUUUCAAAUAGCAAAGCUACUAUGUUUGUUAUGGAUGAUAUGGAAAUCACUAAAACUCAUAAUGCAGCUUUACAGAAAAUUUCUCUGCAAGGUAGGCAGCACAGUCAGUCUGUUCCUUUAACUUCCAUUGAUAAAACAAUUAUGUUUACAAGUAACCAGAAUGACAUGGAAAUGACUGUUGAUAACAGUAUUGAAGGAGUCUUACAUCAGGACAGAUUAAACCUAGCGAAGCAGGUUGUACAGGAUGCUGUUUCAAAUAGCAAAACAGUUAUCUUUACUUUGCCUGAGGAUAUGGAGAUCUCUAAAACUCAUACAGCUGUAUUAAGUGAUGACAUUGAUCUACAGGAGAGAUGGUCCAUUCCGGCCACUUCUUCAGUUCCUGCUGAUAAGACCGUUGUGCUUACGCACAGCCAAAGGGAUACUGAAAUAACUGCAUCUCAUAAAAAUAUUAAAGAAUCUGAGAACGAAGAAGUGUCAUGCAAAAGCACUCAGCAACCAGAUUUGCAUAGUGCAUCAUCAGCCUCUUGCAGAGAUGGAAUGUCUUCCCCUUUUACAAAAGACUUGAAUAGUGACUAUCAUAUAAAAUCUAAGGAUAAGCCUGACUGUUCCACUUCAUCAGCCUCCAUAUUUCCUAGUGAAAAAGAAAAUAUUAAAGGCCACAGUGAUGCAAUACCAGAUUCUGUUUGUACUAUCUUGCUUCCAGAAGAUGCUUUGGAUGUCCAUGCACCACAAAGUCUUGACUGUCCCAUGGAUAAUUCUGUUUCUAUAAAUGAUCAAGAUCUAGUACAUCUAGAAAAACUGAAAUCAAAGAGUGUGUCUUUCAAGCUUCCAGGUAAUGGUGUCAUGGAUUGCAGUGAAGGAAGUAGAGAUCUGGUAUCUCAUGUUUCAUGUUCCAUCCAGCAGCCAGAUUUUUUGAAGAGUGCUCCUGAUGCACUUAAUACUCAAGGAAACAGAGUUUUGAAAGAUGAUUCGUCUAGACAUGAAUAUCUAGCUGCAGAUUUAGCCAUGGAUGGAUCAAGAAUUGUUCCAGUUUCUAACAACAAAGUAAAUGAAAAUGAGGGGCUAUCACCUGAAGAGGAGAAACUUCUAAAAGACUUCCAAAUAAACUCUGAACAAACCAGGCAACUUUCGGUCAGUGACAUUCCAAGAGAUCAAAUAGAUCCCACUCUUGCACCUGAAUUAUCAGGUAUUUUAAAUGUUUGUUCAAAACUGAAAAAUAUUAGAAGGAAAUCUGCAGUUGUCUGUGUUCCUGAAACUACUUCUAUUAACCACUGGCCUAAAUUAUCAGCUCAGUCAGAGGAUACUCUGAGGUUAGGAAAAAGUACUGCUGAAGAGCAGAACAUGUGUCUUGAACCUGGAGCUGCUCCCUUACAUGCAAAUUUAGGCAUGGCCCUUAAGGAUAAAUACCAAGGAAUAAAAGUCCCUCUAGGUAUCUUUCUGCCUAAAUUACCAAAAAGACGGAAUCUUUCUGUUUCUAGUGUGCAAGACAUAAAUGCAAAAUCUUCAGGCAAAGCAGAAGCACCAGUUUCAGAAGUAGGCCCAGACAACAGUGAAACCCCAGAUGACAACAAUUCUAGUGGGCAGAACCUAAGCCUUUCUCAGUUUAUAGCAGAAGAAUUUCUUCCUCUCUGCCCAGAGGAAAUGGAUUCAAAUGAAUCUGUAAGCUCUGAACUGGAAGGAGACUGUAAUGAGAUAAACAAAGAAAUCUCUCACAGUGAAAGGACUCAAUCUGAAAAGACAAAAGCCUGUAACAGUCCAAAAAGAGUUUUGGAACACGAUGAAAAGUAUCUUCCACAACUAAAGAAGCUCAAAAAGGAUGAAUGUUUGGAUGGUGAGGCCUCCCAAGACUUGCAGGUUACCUCUGGCACUGUCUCUAAAAGCCAAGUAGAAAUUCAUGAGGGUGAAGAUCCUCCAAAUCAAUCAGCUAAAAGCCCUGACUGCACUCAGGCCAACACCAGCAGCUCUCUGGAUUCUGUUAAGGCUGACACAGAAUUAACUAUUCAGCGAAGCAGUCAGAUGGAAUCCCAGCUUCUCACAGAUAGUAUUUGCGAAGAUAAUUUAUGGGAGAAAUUACAGAAUGGUGUUAUCACAGUUGGGGAGUUUUUUACACUUCUUCAAGUCCAUAUUCCAAUUCAGAAGCCCCGGCAGAGCCAUCUUCCAGUCAAUUAUGCAGUGAGCACACCACCUACUCCAGAAGACCUGAUUUUUAGCCAAUAUAUAUAUCGCCCCAAGCUGCGUAUUUAUGAAGAAGAUUGCCAGGUCCUUUCUCAGAUGAUAGAUGAAUUAAAACCUUAUGCAAGUGUUCAGGAUCAGCUCCUGGUGAAUGUGAAUAAGAGUCUGUGGGAAGUGAUGAGAACCUGCUCUGAUGAAGAGCUGAAGAGCUUUGGAACAGAAUUGAACAAAAUGAAAUCCUAUUUCACAAAGGAAAGUAAAAUCCUGGCUCACAAUGGAAAAGUGACAUUGUAUAGCAAAUUGUUGCAGAGCUCACAGGAACAAUGGGAGAAACUACAGUCAAGAAUAGCAAAAAUGGAUGAAAUUCUCAAGGAGGCAGAGAGCUGUCUUGCUGCUCUGGAAGCAGAUUCUGGCUGGGAAGAAUGUGAAGCAGACUGCAAUGAUGAAAUGGCAGAAUGGGAGUCCGAAGGGAGAAAUUUAGAGGAAGAAUUGAAAACCCUCAGAGCCCAAGAAGAGGAACUUCAAAGAGAUCUGUCAGAUCUGGAGACUCAGAAUGAGCAAGUGCUUGCUGAGAUAAACCAUCUACAGAAGAAAGAAAAAAGCUACCAGGAACUCCUGGAGGCAUACAACUUCACUGAAUGGGAAAUUAGUGAAUGGAGUGAUCAGCAGGCCAUCUUUACUUUUCUUUAUGAUUCUAUUGAAUUCACAGUAGUCUUUGGAUCACCAAUAGAUGGUGAUGUUUUUGGUGAAAAUCCCUGCAGAAAAAUAGUUAGCAUGAGCUUUGAAUCUCUCUUGGAUGAAGAAAAAGCCCCGCUUUCCUCACGUUUAGUCCAAAGACUCAUCUUCCAAUUUAUUGAAAGUCAGGGAUGCUGGCAGGAAAGGUGCCCCACUCUACACUACUUGCCCCAGGUGCUUCAUGACAUCUCUUUGGUUGUGAGUCGUUGUAAGGUCUUAGGAGAGGAGAUUGAAUUUCUGGAGAGAUGGGGUGGAAAAUUUAAUCUUCUAAAGACAGACAUCAAUGACACAAAAGUGAAGCUUUUGUUCUCCACUUCUGCAGCUUUUGCCAAGUUUGAAUUGACCCUGUCUUUGUCUGCUAACUACCCAUCUGCUUCACUGCCUUUUACUGUCCAAAACCAAAUCGGGAAUAUUGGAGAUGAGGAAAUUUCUGCUGUUCUGUCCAAGGUACCACUUGGUUACCACUAUUUGCGGAGAAUGGUCAGCUUGAUUCAUCAUAAUCUCCUCCGAGAUUCCAGAUGAUUCACAUGCAGGACUGAAGGUCAAUAUCAAAUUGGAUAUCCCUUGGCUCUACUCUUACAAGAAUUUACAGCUGUCUCACUGAAAUAGGAAUGCUGUUAGACGAGAUUUGUAAAAUGUUGUGAAGCUAAUAAUUUGUUGAUAUCCAUGACGCUCAGUAUAAGCCCCAAGCUUCCCUUUUAGACCAAAGGAUAAAUGCAGAUGUCUCUAAAUUGUAGGAGGAACAGCUUCUUUUGUCUUAUUAAUCCAGUCUGCUGAUUUUGGCCUCCUUCUAUAGUCUUCCCUAGUACAGAUAUUCUUCUGAAGUAGCAUGUCAGUUUUGUUCUGGAUGGAUUUACAAAGCUCUUGUAU